AGGUAACCUUCUUCUGGUCUGGGCCAUGGUCAACUUCAAGAAUACUAUAUCUCAGUAUUCGAUACUUGGCUCUAACACAAAUGAUUAUCGUGUUUUAUGGUCCGUCAGCGAGAAUAUACGUGUCGUGGCUCUAACGACUCAGGCGAAUAGGAAAUGUCCUGACUCCCAGUUCUGCUGUGAGUGCUUCUCAAGGUCGUAUCGCCGCAUCUUACGUACGACUUUCCACAGAAGUGAGUCAUGCGUGACGAGGCUCAACACACCAGUUCACGCAGGAAAUAGUACAAACUGGCUCUUUAUUACAGGUUUCAUCCUUGUGAUCGUAGUAAUGGAACUCUGCCAAUGUGUAGUAACAUUGCGGGUAUGGCAUCUAUUUUACCGAAGUCGCUUCAUCAGAGGGCUGGCGGUUACUAUUCUGAUCGCUUCCGCGGUAGGAGUCGCAACCGCUGGCAGCGCCGCGUUUAAUGCUAUUAAGACUGCUGCGUACGGGCUAUACGACCCGUCGACCUUAAAGGGGAAUCCUGCAACGUUAUUUGCGAUAUACCUGCCAGCCUUGGUCGUCCAUACGACCAUGUUAUCAUUAACGAUAUAUCGUUUUGGCAUUAGCCCAGCAGCCUUGCCGAGUCGCGGGAUUGUCCACCGGUUCUUAAAAGAAGGAAUAUUUAUGUAUGCGUUUGCAGCCGGAACGAUACUGUACGAAAUCAUUGCUCUUUCUCUGACUAAACCAGGGGAAAUAUCCGUUUACUAUUCAGCUCUGGGGGGAGAAAUUGCAGUAGCAGCUACAGUCGUCUCCGUCUGUCGCGCGAUGCUAAGUAUCCGCUCCUUGGCUGCAACUUGCCACGUCGAUCCAGCAUGGUUGCUCAAUCAUGCUGAACUCAGUCGCGUCCAGUGGAGGAGAGGGACCAGUGAAGGAGAAAUUGUCGUUGAAGUCAACGAGAUGGAUGUGGUUCUCCCCUACGGGUCGUUGCCGUUAACCGCUGUACAAACGGAGGAUUCAGGCAAGAUCUAAGGACGAUUCCAGAUGUAUCGUCUCAACAAUCAUGAUUUUGCUCCAAAUAUAAUAGGAACAUAUUGCCUUGCG